CUGUGACGUAACCGGCAUAGCCACUAAACACACUCACAAAGGCAGUCGUGCAAAACAACAAAUAAAUCAAGGUUCCGCCUCGCUGAUUCCAGUCUAGAAACCACUGACUCGCCAUUGCUUCGUAAUACCAAGAGGUGCACAAUCAUUUCAUCCUCUAGUCAUCCUCUAGUCAUGGGAAAAAGAAGCGAAAGUGAAAGCGGCUCAAAGCCGGAGCCGGAAGAAUCUCACGGCGCACCGGCUGAGCUUCCGCAAGAGGUGAUCCCCUUCGACCCGGUGCCGACAUACGAAGAGUCGCGCUCAGGGCCGUCAGAUUCGGCUUCACUUUCCGUCUCCCAUUCGCUUUCUGCCACAGUCUCGGCAUCAACACCGCAGCCGCCGGCCGGAACCUCAGCCCUGGCCCCAACCGUUACUUCACCAUUUAACUUCCCUACCGAUGGCAAAGGCAAAGACGGCUCCGUGACUGCACCUCCACCCGUUUACAAGGUCGGGUCAUCCAGUAGCAGCUCCAGCGCCGCCCGAACCAUAGCCUUUCCUCAGAUCAAACCGGAUCCAGACUCGCCUUUCCUGGUGGCCUAUGCCCCUGUUCUUCUCAGCUAUGGCAUAACCGAGGAGACAUGGCGGUCGUUUCUGACCACCAUCUCGGCUUUCCUGACGGCCACCAUAUCAGAUCGUGCCCUUUCACAUGCCACCGAUGUAGCUGCUCACAUUGGCCAAAAUCCCAAAAACUUGGGUAGAAAUGUUGCUGCCCACGCCAAGUCCAUCAGCAGGAACGUGUCAGACAAUGCCAAACGGGGCAACAUCAUAGGUGCUGCCAUGGGCCUCAUCGGCGGCACCAUCUCACUGCCAAUAUCAACGGCCCUAGGCGUCGUGGGUACCACUCUUUCGCUCCCUGGCCAGGCCAUUGAUGCCGUGACCAAGAGGCCGAGAACUCCCCAAGAGAGAGCCGCGACGUAUGCGGCCGUUGCAAACGAAGAGUGGCUGCACAUGCGCGGCUUGCAUGCACAUCUGUUUGAUUCCGCUGGGUUGGCUCAUCAUUUGGGAAUGCCGCUGGAUACGUUGUUAAGUUUGGCUUGGGAGACUAAGGAGAGCGAUGCUGGCAGACAGAUGAGGGCACUGGAGCCGCAUAUUGCUGGGCUCGAUGUUGACGAGGGGGCGAUGCUGCAACUGAAGACCCAAACGCUGUGGCUGGUGUUGAUGCCUGGAAAGCAACCCUCUUCAAGUUGAGUAGGUCUGUGGAGGAACAAGUAAUGCCGUGAGGGGACUGUAGAAUGAUGGCCGAGCCUGGAGUAAUUUUUUUUCUUAUUAGUAGGGCAAGGAAUAUGGGUACAUGUAGUUGAAUCUUCUCAGGACAGGUCGCUGUCGGAAAUAUUGAUUAUAGAAGCACAAGCAAUGAAUAAUGGAAUUUAGAAUGACUUUGAAAACAGAAAACAGCUG